GUAAGAGUAAAUUUAUUAUGGAGCCUUCGCGUAAGAGAGUAAGGAGCAACCCAGAGAAAAAAAGGACUACUGGGAGAAAGCGCAGAGUGCAUUUUAAGGGCAAUCAAUGGACUGCAGCUCCUUCUAAUCCAAAAUUGACAAGAGCUCAAGAAAGAUCUGCUUUCGAAGCAGCUCAAUUAGUUCAUUCAGCUUCAAAAUUUAAACUCCGCUGUAACAAUUCUGAUGUUGAAGCUAGCCCAGCUCAAUACCGGUUGAUCGACUUUAGCCUGUUACUUCCUUUUCUGAAACAAAAUGUUUUCUGUAAAUGUGGUGAUAAGUUUAGUAUUGUUGAGAAUUCUGUUCGUGGCCUUGGAUUUGAGCUCAACUUUAACUGCAAUAAUAAAAAGUGCCAGUUUUCGUCAAGUGUGUUGUCAAGCAAGCAAAUUGGACCUAAAAAAAAUUUAUAUGAAUGCAACCGAAGAUCAAUUCUUGCUAUGCGCACUAUAGGAGUAGGACUAACAGGCCUGGAAUCUUUUUGUGCAGUAAUGGACUUACCUCAGCCAGUUGCUCAAACAAGUUAUCAACUAAUUAAUGAUGCCAUUGAAGUUGCUGCAGAGACGAUAGCCACAGAUUCCAUGCACCGAGCUGUUACAGAAGAAUGUCAACGUACCCCUGAAUCUCAUCCUGGUCUCUCUGUUUCUGGUGAUGGAACUUGGCGUACACCAGGGUUUACAUCACUUCAAGGAGCUGCCAGUCUAAUAGGCCAUUAUACUGGAAAAGUUGUAGAUGUAAUCACCAAAAAUAGUUUCUGUCAAGCCUGUAGAAAAUGGGAAAAUAAAGAUAAAAGUUCAGAAGAGUACUAUGAAUGGUUCGAAGAGCAUAAAGAAGUUUGUAAAGUCAACCAUACUGGCAGUGCUGGUAUGAUGGAAGUAGAUGGAAUAGUUGAGAUGUUUCAAAGAUCAGAAGAUUUGCAUGAAGUAAAGUAUAAAAACUACAUUGGUGAUGGUGAUUGCAAAGUUUACGCUAAGAUUGAAAUAGUUAAACCUUAUGGAAAGAAUUUUAAAGUAGAAAAAAAAGAAGAUAUUAACCACGUUGGAAAAAGAAUGGGAACUCAUUUACGCAACAUAAAGAAGAGAUUUGGAAGAACCUUGCUAAGUGAUGGGAAAACAAUAGGUGGAAAAGGAAGAUUGACAGCCAAAGUGAUAGAUCAGCUGUCAUCGUACUACACUCAAGCGAUUAGAAGAAACACUACUGUCACUAGCAUGAGAAAUGAUAUAUGGGCCACUUUCUUUCACAAAAAGUCCACUGAUAAAAAACCACAACACCACUUAUGUCCAGCUGGAGCAACUUCUUGGUGCAAAUGGCAGAAGGCCAAAGCACAGGGCACUUUAAAAAAAUUCACGCACAACAGUUCAAUACCUGAAGCAAUUAUGGAUGAAAUAGAAAAGACCUACGAAGAGCUCUCCAAGCCAGAACUGUUGGUAAAAUGUAUUGGAGCAUUUUCUCAGAACGUCAAUGAAUCCCUGAAUCAUUUACUGUGGAAGUAUGUACCAAAAAAACAGUGGAGUGGUGGUACUAUUUUGAACAUUGGAGCCUUCAUAGCAGUGUCCACAUUCAAUGAUGGUAAAACUGCUCUGCUGAAAAUUAUGAAAGAAUUAGAUAUUCAGCCAGGCCCAAACGCAAUUGAAUUCAUGAAACAAAGUGAUGAUAAAAGAAUUUACCAGGCAAAUAUUCAAGCUGCAUCAUCUUCUAAGCAAGCGAGAUCUGCUAGAUUGAAAAGAAGACACAAUGAUCCCAACGAUGACAGUUAUGUACCUGGUGGUCAUUGAAGUUAUCGCUCCAGCUAUUUUAACAGCAAACUUUGGGAAGAUUCAUCCAAAAAAAGUUGGUACUUUAACCUGGAAGUCAACACAAAGCAUCAUUCAUCAAAUUUACAUAUGAAAAUAGAAUUAGAGAAUGCAAAUACUUAUCUGAUUGUACUGGACUUUCCGGUGAGUAAGAAUGAUAGUCAAAAUACCACUUUUCUAUGUUCAAUUUCACUUUAAUUUGACAUUUUUUUGCAACGAAAUUUUAGAUUCACUUCGCCAGUGAACCGGCUAACGAAAUUUGUCGAGGUUAGCGCGUGAAUACAGCAAGGCGCCGCGAGAGAGACAGAUAUAGAGCAGACAGCUAAAAGCACAUGUGUACUAAUUGACAGAUGAUGGUUCAAAAUAUAACUUGUUGAUUAUUUUCAUGUGUAAAUAUUAUUGAAUGAUGUGUAGUGUAGUGUAAGAUAAAUAAUCCAGUAAAAUUUAUUUGUUUUAAUUAAUUUGUGUCUUAGUUUUUUGUGAAAUCAUAAAGUUUACAGUUUAUUUCAAAGUGACAUUUUCAUCUUGCACAACAUUUGAUUGAACCAUAACAAUUUAAAGAUAUAGAAGUUCAUUGCAGAAAUUAUUGUUGUAAUGUUUGUUGAAAAAGUAUUGUUCAUAGUAGUUUUAUAAAUGCCAACAUGUUCUUUCUUACAAUAAAAGUUACUUGUUAGUGA